CUGCUGCUCUCCCUCCUCCGUGCGUCGUACGUGACUCAUGAAGCCCCGCCCCAAGCCUGGCUCUCGCGCACCAGUUACGUAUGACCGUAAAAAAUAGAAACUUCCAAGAUGGCCGAGGCCGUGGACUCCAUGCAUUUCGCAGCAAACAGCAAAACAAAUUCCCCCAAACCCUUGAUAGCUAAACGGCCACCGGAGAGCCGACCGCAGUCUUCCAGCGACAUUUACCCGCCGCCCCCUAAGAAAGUCCGGGUGGAGGAGAAGGGCCUGAAGCACAGGAAACUGAACGGAGAGGUGUGCGCAGGGGAAAAACACAACGGGAAGCAGAGUUGUGGUAGCCCAGCGAAAUGGAGUUUCGGCCCGGCCAAGGCGAGCCACUCCACCGCCGCCGCGGUACCAGUGACUCCUGCUCGGAAAAUCUUCAAAAUCAGCAACUUCCUCGCCUCCCCGCCGAAAAUGAAAAAGGCGAAAGAGAAACGACACAAGGAGAAGGAGAAAAUCAGUGAGGCGCAGCGGAGCUCAGCCGUUAGUGUGGAGAGAGUGAGCCCUGCUAGCUGCCAUACAAAGACCGAGAACGGCGACAUGAAAACGCUACCGAGAGAUCACCGUGUGAAGGAGAAAGACAAAGAAAAGAAAAAGGAAAAGAGCAAAGAGUGGAAAAAUCACAGAGUGCCACCUUUACAUGACAUUGCAAGAGAAAACGGAGAAGUGAUUUCUCCACAGAAAGAGUGUAAGGAGAAGCUCAAAGCUGGUUCAGAGGAAGACCUCCUGCUGAAGAAGCUUAAGAAGAAAAAGAAAAAGAAGCACAAAGAUGGCGAGCGGAUGAAGGAGAAACACAGCCGACCGAAAAUGUAUCACCGCUCAUGUCAAACAGUUUGUUCAGGAGUGUCCCUCGGCCUUCCCGAGCUCCUCAGUCGAAUCAAUGGAAACAACAGCAGCAGUCUACUCCACACUGCAGCACCCACACACCACCAGGAUCCUGCUGCUACCUCUGCCUCCAUCACCUCCAUGGUCAGGGACAGACUCGUCUACAGCUCCCCGCUGCACUGCGUCCCAUCGCCGGACCUCCCUGGUCUGGAGUUCGGCCGGCUGAUCCACAUUGAGCAGCAGGCCAACGGAGGGGCCUCUGUGGUGCACGCCUACAGUGAGCAGCUCUCCUGUCUGUCUCCUGCUGAGAUGCAGCGGUUCGCCCAGGAGUUUGUGACACUAUCGUUUAGCGAGGAUAACGGCCAGGCUGCUUGUUUUGUGAUGGGAAUCAUCCACGGAGCUGCUUCCUACCUCCCAGACUUCCUGGACUACUUCUCCUACAAGUUUCCCAACGCACCAGUAAAGAUGGAGGUGCUUGGGAAGAAGGACAUAGAAACGACAACCAUGGCUAACUUCCACUCUCAGGUGAAGCGGACAUACUCCCAGGGAACAUACCGUGCCGGGGCCAUGCGGCAGGUCAGUCUGGUCGGGGCUGUGGAUGAAGAAGUCGGGGACUACUUUCCUGAGUUCAUCAACAUGUUAGAGGAAUCUCCCUUUCUAGAGCGGACUCUGCCUUGGGGCACGUUCUCUAGUCUGCGGCUGCAGAGUCCUACUGAGAGCGAUGAUGGCCCCAUUAUGUGGGUCAGACCAGGAGAACAGAUGAUCCCUAUGGCAGACAUGCCAAAAUCACCCUUUAAACGGAAAAGGUCCACCAAUGAGAUAAAGAACCUGCAGUAUUUACCAAGAGCCAGCGAGCCCCGGGAGAUGCUGUUUGAGGACCGGACGAGAGCCCAUGCUGACCACAUUGGUCAGGGGUUUGAGAGACAAACUACUGCUGCUGUUGGUGUGCUGAAGGCUGUGCGCUGUGGAGAGGACAGCGAUACUCCUGCUCGGAUCACCAAAGAUGUUGUGUGUUUCCACGCUGGAGACUUCCCAGAUGUGGUCAUGAGGCUGCAGCUGGACCUCCAUGAGCCUCCUCUGUCUCAGUGUGUGCAGUGGAUUGAUGACGCCAAGCUGAACCAGCUGAGGAGGGAGGGGAUCCGAUAUGCCCGAAUUCAACUCUACCACGACGACAUCUACUUCAUCCCAAGAGGAGUUGUCCACCAGUUCAAAACCGUUUCCGCAGUGUGCAGCCUGGCCUGGCACAUCAGACUCAAACAGUAUCACCAACAUGAAGAGAAGGAGGAGGAAGAAGAGGCUAAGUGUGCACCCCAAGAUGACACACUUCAUAUCAAAGAGGAGGAAGAAGAUAAGGAGCUAGAGGAGAAGGCUUGCAACCCUGUUGCUGAGACAGUGGCAAAACAGGAGGAUGAGGAUCCUGAGGGAAAUGAGAGUGCUCAGUCACAAGCUCAGACACAGAUUUUCAAGGAAGAAGAAGAAGAGCAGGAAAACAGAGCAGAGACAAAGGAGCUGUCAACAACACAGUCUCCACCUUCUAUCAAACAGGAGAGAGACGAAGAUGUCGUCGCUCAUACACUAACAGAGCCAAAGUCUGAGGAAGAUGAGAAAGAGGAGGGUAAAGGAGGGCGAGAUGAAGAUCCAGAGGUGCAGCAGAAGGGCCAGGAGGACAGUGGAGCUGACAGUUCACUGUUGAAGUCACAACAAGUUAGGAAGGAAAAUGAUACAGAGGAAGAGAGGCUGCAAAAGACGACAACACCAGCCCAAGGUGUGAAAGAGAAAACAAAAGAUAGCAUAACAAGCACUUACAACACACAUCAACUUAAAAAGGAAAAAGAGAAAGUCAAGAGGGAGAAAGAUGACAAGGACAGGGUGAAGGAUAAAGAGAAGAAGGAAAAGGAUAGGAGUAAAGAGAAGGACAGGGAGAAAAAGGACAGGGGCAAAGACAGGGACAGAGAGAAGGAAAAGGGGAGAGAACAGGAGAAAGUUAAGGCUGAAGGAGGCAAAGAGGGCAGUUCAUCCACGCAACUCGUGCCGCAGAUAAGGAAAAAAGAGGAAGACGAGCGGACGAAAGAGGGCAGCAAAGCCUCUCAGACCCCUCUGCCUGCACAGAAAGAUGAGAAAUGGGCCAAGGAAUGGGACUCAAAGACACAAACCCACGUCAAGAGAGAGAAAGAGCACACUGGGAGCGACAAAGAUAAGGGAGCAUCUCACAGAGAGGAGGCUCGAGAUGCAAAUUCACAUAAACACAAGUCUUCACAUGGGAAGAAAGAAAAGAGUGGGCACAGGGAGGGCAAUGCGUCAAGCGUGCAGGCAAAGUCAGGGAGAGAAGAUGGGAAGGCGGGAGCUCCAAAACCUGCAAACAUUCAGAUUAAGAAAGAAGGAAAAAAGGACAAAGAUGUGAGCAAUAAAGAGGAAAGGAAGAAGCCUUCCUCUAGUACUGCUCCACCAGAACACAAACCACCACGGACGCUCAUCACUUUUGACCUCUUUAAGCCCAUGGAGGCUCACCAGACUCUGGCUCUUUCCUUCACAGACAGUCGGCCAAAGAGCCACCAUCACAGUGACUCUCGAGGCUCCUCCUCAAAGCCUGGCUCUGACUCUCGGACACUUGUAUCCCCUAAAGGACCAAAAGUAAAGGACUCUGUGCAGGGGAAACCUGCCACACCCCUACAGGACACUCGGCCACUGCAGCACUCGUUAAAACAGCCCCUUAAAACCCACACGCCCCAAACAGAAGAAAGACCUCUUAAUAUGAAUGUCUAGAUGUCUAGUCCUUUUUUUUUUUUUUUAACUGUACAACUUCUGCCGAGGCUUUGUUAAAGUAUUUGAGGAUGCAUUCUACCUUCAGAUGUCAACUGGUCUUUUUUAUUCUCUAAUGAUCGACGAGCAGGUGCAUUCCAUUACUUUGCUGACACACUUUGCCCAGUAGCACGGUGAAAUGAGGAUGCACUCUUCAAGUAUUUUAUCAGUGCCUAAGAAUGUAAGCUAAGUAGCUCACUUCACGUUUGUUAGCGAAUGUAUGUAGGCUCUAUAUAAAAUGUUAUGUGACCCAUGUGUCAGUGCCUGUGCACUACUUAGCUUCGCUCUUAAAGCACCUAUUUUAGGUACUGGAAUCGCCAAUCUGAAAACAACCUCAUCCUUUCUCUCUGUUAUCUGAAAUGCUUUUGUUCACUGUAUUUGACAUUUCAGCACACCACCAUGCAGGCGCUGAUAUCCUCUUUGCCGUUUUGCUUUGGUUGAUGAGGUUUGUUAUUUAUAACACUCCAAAAUCUGAGCAAUUUGUUGUUUUCAGACUGGAAGUUGUUUGACUCACACAGGGCUGUAAAUGAUACUGUAUGUACCAAAACUGUACAGUAUAGAUGUUAUUAGCACCAAUGUGGGAAAAUGUAUACAGAAAUUGCAUAUAUUUUUUGUAAGACAAGUUUUAUUUUCCAUAGAACUUAUUUAUAUCAUUUACUGUCCGUUUUUAUUUGAAACCUAUGUAUGUGAAAAAAAUGUUGUAAAUACAUUUUAUUUCUUAAGAUAAGACUUGGUAGUGUGAUUUAUACUCUGAUCAGAACCUCUCAAUAAAUGGUUCAAAAAUA